UGUGUGUUCAGCCAGCAGGCUCCGGAUGAGGAAGCAAAGGGCAGGGCACCUGGGCUCAGUUGGCCGCUGGUACUGAGCUGCACCAGCUGGAGACAAGGUGCCCUGCACGGGAGCAGCUCCAAGUGAUACAAGGGGACCAAAGCCACUCCCACCAGAGGCUCAGCAGGUUUGGGUCAACUGUUCCCUUACUCCAGGACAACUGACUCCACCCUCUACCACGACCCCCUCUUGGAACGAUGGGUAACCAGCUGAGUGUUCCGCAAAGAGCUGAUGACCUAGAGAAUGAUUCGGAAACAGACACUUACAAGGAGGUGUCUAGGAGGGACUGCACUCAAAAUGGGAGGCCGGCGAUGGUGUCAACCCACACCGUUCAAGUCUACGAUGAAGUCGACUUGGGGAUAAGUGUCCAGGAAGACAGUGUGGCCACUUCUUCCCCCGAGACAGCGGAGAGCAGCGCUGUCGCGGGUGCCAAUGGAAAGAAUCUCGGGACGGAGGCCAACGCCGAGGCCCCAGCUGUUAAAUCGCGUUUUUUCUUGACACUCUCUCGGCCUGUACCAGGACGUACCGAAGACCGAGCUGCGGAUUCAUCCGCUGCUUCAGGGCAGCUCGAUGUCAGCUCCAGCGAAGCCCUGGGGAACAAAGAACCGAGUGACAGAGUGGCCCUUCCGCGGGCAGCUGCGCAGGGCCUCGGCCCAGAUAAAACCCCCGGCCGGACCCCCGCCCAACGCGCAGGCUUCUCUGCCACUCGCGGACCAGAGCCUCUGCCACCUGAGUCUGGGGGAGCAGCCCCCGCCAAGCCUAAGGACGCCAGCUUUUUUGACAAAUUCUUCAAACUGGACAGGGGACAGGAAAAGGCACCCGCUGACACCCAACAGGAAGCCGAGUGCGGGGAGCGACAGGACCGAGCUGACCACGUUGCCGGAUUCCCCGGGCCGUCCCGUGAUGUCCCUGCGGAGAGGGACAUAGUUGAAGGCAAAGAAGAGGGACAGGAAGUCACACCUGCGAGUUGCUCUAUCACCGGGGACCCCGAAAACCAGGAGAUUGCCAAGGGGGACCCCCAGGCAACAGAUAUAACUGAGAAUAAUAACUCCAUCAUGAGCUUCUUCAAAACACUGGUUUCACCUAACAAAGCUGAAACAAAAAAAGAUCUGGAAGACAUGGCAUGCAAAGCAGGAAGUGUCUGUGAUGGACAAGCUGGGCAGAAGGCAUCUGAGAUCCAGAUCCGAGCAAAAGGCACCAAGGAAAAGCACCUGCAUAGCCCCAGGCUAGGACUCACCUUUAGAAAGUUCUUUAGGCAUAAGGGUGCUGAAAAUUCACCCACCACCACAGCAGACCUCAAGUCAGACAAAGGCAACUUUGUGCCCCGGGAGACCCAAGGGGCUGCCAAGAAUCCUACAUCCACAGAAACGCCAAAGGAAGGUGCCAAGCCAAAGGGGGGACCCCCCUCCCUGCCUCUGAGCAAACUGUUCUGGAAAAAGUCAAUUAAAGAGGAUUCAGUCCCCACAGGUGCAGAGGAGCAUGUGGUGUGUGAAUCACCAGUAGAGGCUAUAAAGUCUGAGGAAGUGGACUCAGCCCUACAAACGGUGGAUCUCAGCGAAGAGGGAGAGGCCAGCCCUGAACCCACGGAAGUCACACUCAGAAGAGAAGAACGCAAACCGCCGAGAACCCCCCUGAUGGCGUUUCUCAGACAAAUGUCAGUGAGAGGGAAUGGAGGGACCACCCACUCAGAAGAAAUAAAUGGGAAAGACUCCAGCUACCAAACAUCCGACUCCUCGGAGAGAGCGAUCGGGCCAGCAGAGCCGGAGCCAGGGGCCGGAACAAGCCAGAAGGGCAAAGAGGGCUCCACGAAGGACAAGAAGACGCCGGCCGAGACCCACAAGCAGAGGAACAACAAGCAGGAAGCCAAAGAGCCGGCCCCGUGUGCAUGCGCAUGCGCAGAGGCCGCCCGGGCCGAGGCCAGCGCGCUGCAGAAUGGGGACAAGCCCCAGAGGAGACCCGAGAAGCGGCGACAGUCCCUCGGGGGCUUCUUCAAGGGCCUGGGACCAAAGCGGAUGUUGGACGCUCAAGUGCAGACAGACCCCGUAUCCAUUGGACCAGUUGGCAAAUCCAAGUAAACAAAUGACCACAGUUCCCACCAAGUCCUCCUGCCACCGAGAUGCCUCCUCCCUGCCCGUGCCCCCCCCCCGCCCACUCCAUGUAUAUAUGUUUCCUCCUGAUGGCCAUCGAAUGAAAUUCUGCCUCCAAACUAAGCCUGGGCUGUUGUAUAUUGAGGUGUAUUAUUUACGUUUCUGGUCCAACCUGUCCUGGUAAAUAAUUGCAAGGGUGAUGUAGCAGGUUGACCAGUCAGGUCAGCAGAGUCGAUGGUGGGGGGUGGAGUGGGGGGAGGAAUGCAUUUUCUGGUGAAGUUAUGGGAAAUGGCAGGAGCAAGUAAGUUGCAGGAAAGAAGUGGCUGCUGGGAGGAAUUAAGCUUGGCAGUGAAAACGCAAGCUCAUUCGCUCCACGUGAAGAGGAGGGACUAUAAAAUCUGUUUAAGUUCCCAUUUCAAGGAGGGAAGACAUGGGCUCCCUACUGGGAAGUUGCCAGUUUCCUGGAGUGGAGUGUAGGCAGAAUGAAAAAAGGAAUGAGUAGGAGUUGUUUCUCAAAUAGGGUCCUUGAAAGUUAUUGACGAGAGGGCUUGAACCGAUUUGGGAAAACAAUUGCUUUC